AUGGUACGUAGGCGUGCUGCUGCUGCUGCUGGAUCGAGUGAAACUCACCACCAUUGGCGAAGCUCAUCCUGGAGAUGUAAGCCGGAGGAGGAGGAGAGAGGUGGAGCUGCUGCUGGUAGUGGUGGAGUCCAUAAAAGGAGCGCUGCUGCUGGAGCGAGGAAGAAUCAUACAGGCAAGCAUCGUGCUCGUGAUCCUGGGCCGCCGGCCCAUUGCGCGCUUCUCUCCUUUCUCUCGCGACUCUCUCGGCCGACACGACUGGACGACUCAGCAGCACUGCAUCGAUCGAGAUCUCUCUCUCUCUCGAGGAGAGAGAGCAAAGAGAGAAAAAGAACGAUAGAACAGAAAAAGAGGAGCGAGACUCUCUCUCUCGUGUGCACAGCUUCCUCCCAGGUAGGAAAAGAAGCGCUCAAGGGGAGCACUGGCCGACACGCACGACACCGCUACUCCCACACCAACACAUUGGCACUGGAAGAUGAAAGGAACGCUCGCUCGCUUCGCUCACUCUUAAGAACACGAGAACACACAGCACUGAUGAUGAUGAACGAAGCAAAGCCAAAAAAAAAAAAAAAAAAGCGAGGAAGAAGGCGAAGAAGAACGAGGACGAAGACGUGAUUUGCGUCGUUGAAUACGUAUUGCUUUGUAAGGCACUGCAAAUAAAUAGUAUUUGUAUUCCUUCAUUCAUUCAUGUUGGUUUGUUUGUUGUCUCCUCGCUUAAAUUUCUCUCUCUUUUUUUUACAGUCUGUAGAAAACAUUGAAUAAAAGUGGAAAGGA